UGCGGCGGGUGCAGAGACGGACUGCCAUUUGAUAGUCUCUCUCUCUCUAUCUAAAUAGUACACGCUCUGUCCACUUCCCGGUAAGUCUCCCUGAUCGGCGCAGAUGGCGGACUCCUUCCUCUCCGACAAAUCGGCGAAGGUCUUUGUGGCCGGCCACCGAGGCCUGGUCGGCUCCGCCAUCGUCCGCCGCCUCCGGCACCUGGGGUUCGCUAACCUCGUCCUUCGCACCCACGCCGAGCUCGACCUCACCCGCCAGUCCGACGUCGAGGCUUUCUUCGCCACCGAGAAGCCGCGGUUCGUCAUCCUCGCCGCGGCUAAGGUCGGUGGGAUCCACGCCAACAGCACCUACCCCGCUGAUUUCAUCUCCAUCAACCUCCAGAUUCAGACCAACGUGAUAGAUUCCGCUUACAAGCACGGGGUGAAGAAGCUGAUCUUCUUGGGCUCGUCCUGCAUUUACCCUAAGUUCGCCCCUCAGCCCAUCCCCGAAGAUGCUCUGCUCACGGCGCCUCUCGAGCCCACCAAUGAGUGGUACGCUAUAGCAAAAAUUGCUGGGAUCAAGAUGUGCCAAGCAUACCGGAUACAGUAUGUUUGGGACGCAAUCUCUGGAAUGCCCACGAACUUGUACGGUCCUUGCGACAAUUUCCAUCCUGAAAACUCCCACGUCCUGCCUGCACUGAUGAGGAGGUUUCAUGAGGCGAAGGUGAACGGAGCGAAGGAGGUAGUAGUGUGGGGCACCGGGAGCCCGCUCCGAGAGUUUUUGCACGUGGAUGAUCUAGCAGAUGCGGUGGUCUUCCUGAUGGAGAAGUACAGCGGGCUGAGCCACGUGAAUGUUGGGAGCGGGAAGGAGGUGACUAUCAAGGAGUUGGCCGAGCUGGUAAAGGAGGUGGUAGGAUUCGAGGGCGAGCUCGUCUGGAACUCAUCGAAGCCUGAUGGGACUCCGAGGAAGCUCAUGGACAGCUCGAAGCUCGCGGGUUUGGGUUGGACCCCAAAGAUUUCCCUCAGGGACGGGCUCCGCGACACAUACCAGUGGUACUUGGAGAAUGUAAAGCAGUGAUUGCAAAUGGUCCGUGUUUACAUCUGUAUUACGUCAUCUUUGGUCCAUCAUUUAUUCUAUUGCCUUCAGUUAUUGAUGCUGCAAGUCGUCUGUGUUUACAUCUGUAUUACGUCAUCUUUGGUCCUUCAUUUAUUCUACUACCUUCAGUUAUUGAUGCUGCAGGAGAGGAUCCGCUUGUUGUAAUCGUUUUGAUUCUGAAAUUAUUAUCUGAACUGAUGAUUAUUGUUUUCAGAACAAUAAAGUCAUGAGCCACUCAGAUGUUUGUCACUUGUA